AUCAUGAAGCUGCUGGUGUUGCUGCUCUGCGUGGUCCUACUGACCUUCUGCGCAGAAGCCAAUCCUGUGAUCAAAUAAAGUUUUGCUAAACAACUUCUUCGCAGUAAGAGACAGAAGCCAGGCUACCCUGACGAGCCUAUGAGGGAGCACUUGUUGUAUUUGCAGCAUUUGGAACUGAGAGCUCGUGAAACCAAUAUAGAAAACUGGUUGAACCCUCACUGCUAUCCUCGUUGUGACCGUAACUAUGGUUACCCAGUUUGAUCACCCAGUGGCAUCGUGAUGAAGACGACGACGAUGAUGAUGAUGAUUUGAUUAUCAGAACUGUACUUACAGUCUUUUCGCUUUGCUCACGUCUGCUUUGCUU